UGUCACCACUAUGAUACAGUUUGAAUAUUAAAUAUAUGUGUAAUAUAUUAUUGUUUUAUUUUAAGGUGGCUGGAAUAACAACCCUACUGCCAGCCAAUUCAAGUACAUUUUCCGAAAGCUGAUGGCCCGGUGUGGGGUUGUUAAACCAAGCAGCAAAGGGAAUGUGACAGUACAGGAUGACAUAGAGACCGUACCAGCUGUAGCAAUGUCCUCUGCAGCCCCGUCCUACCACAUCGACAUAUCUACAAGCCUCUCAGCUGUGGAUAUGUCCUCUGCAGAAGAAGAAGAAAAUCUUCUAUCCCCCUUUGCUGACAUUCCUGCCCUGAUACAUGACCACAGCUACCUUCCCACCCGCUUCGAUGGUCUUGUGGACAACGCUCUUGUGUACAUUUCAGGAUUUGUUGUGCGACGGACUUUAAUAAAGUUGUCCUGUGAUGUCUGCCGUGCCAGCCUGGUGACAGACGCUGCACCUGCCAGUGAGGACAAGAGCUACCACCUACUGACUCUAAGAAACAGAGGGGGCUUGGUGAUUCCGUCUCAAGGCACAGUGAGGGUCAUCAGGGAAGCAGAGUGGGUCAUUCGCCAGUCAUCAGCAGAUUCCAGACAAUCACAGCCCAUCAAACUGCUAGAUGUUGUCUACAUUGUACGAAAGAGGAUAGGUUCAGAUGAUGUGUUUUUGCUCAGGGAGCACAUCAGUGACACACAGUAUGGAAUUGAGAAUCAUCAUCAUAUGCUGCUGUCAUUGAUUGUAUCUGUGUUUUUUAAGCUAAGACUACAUCACAUUGCAAAAAUCACUACUCUGAAAUUACAGAGUGGCAACAUGAGACAGAAGCUGAUUAAAACACCCAGCGACAAACUGGCCAUUGUCCAGGGCAGGGAUCUCCAACAAGUAGCUCGGGAGCUACCAGUAGCUCGCCAGUCCCUUUUUGUUAGCUCACCAAAGACUUUCCACAUUUUUACAUACACUUGA